AUGUCAAAAGAAGUGAAUUCAGUGAAUGUGACUCUGCAUCCUCUGGGAGGAGGACCAGAGGUCACCUCGGAGCAGGAACCCUUGUGCAUUUUUGGGACAGGAGACAUGGGACGCUCACUGGGCCAGCGUCUGCUGCAGACCGGCUACAAGGUCAUUUACGGCAGCCGCAGACCUCUCGGCUGCGGCCCUGUGCCUCAUGGAGCUCAGGUGAUGAGCUAUGCAGAUGCAGCGCAGUUAGCCACUGUGGUCUUUGUGUGCAUACACAGAGAACAUUAUGACCUCAUAGAGACACUCAUGACACAACUGAAGGGAAAGGUGCUGGUGGAUGUCAGCAACAACCCUGAGAAGAAUAUGUACCCGGAGGCCAAUGCUGCAUAUUUGCAGAGACUACUUCCUGAUUCUCAUGUGGUUAAAGCCUUUAACACCUUGUCCGCCUGGGCUCUUCAGAAUGGACCUGCCGACGCUUGCAGACAGGUAUAUAUUUGUGGCAAGAGUGCAGAGGCGAAACAGGCUGUAGCAGAGGUGGCCACCAAGAUGGGCCUAACGGUUUUGGACAAGGGGUCCCUAUCAGCUGCCCAAGAGUUGGAGGACUUCCCUCUGCAGCUGUUCCCCGAGUGGAGGCUCCCUCUCCAAAUAGCCUUCGGCCUGACAGCCUUUUUCUUUUUCUACCUGCUCAUCAGAGACGUCAUCUACGCUUAUGUGGAUGAGGGGAAAGACAUCUCCUUCAGAAUUAUGGUGUCCUUGGCCAACAAGGUGUUUCCUAUUGUGUCGCUCAUCAUGUUGGCCUUGUGUUACCUGCCUGGUGUUAUUGCUGCCUUCCUUCAGCUAUACAGAGGGACCAAGUACAGUCGCUUUCCUGAUUGGCUGGACCGCUGGAUGCUGUGCAGGAAGCAGCUGGGACUGCUAGCUCUCGCCUUUGCUUUUCUACAUGUACUCUACACGCUCAUCAUCCCAAUUAGAUAUUAUGUGAGAUUCAGGAUUUCGCAAUACACCAUCACACAGGUCAAGGAGAACCAAACUGCAAAGUUCGAUACAACUUUGGCCUGGGGAUCGGACGCUUACCUCUCUUUCGGCAUUCUGGGAUUUGGCCUGUACGUUUUGCUGGGAAUAACUUCUUUGCCUUCAGUGAGCAACGCUCUCAGCUGGAGAGAAUUCAGCUACGUACAGUCCAAGCUGGGCUACUUGACUUUGUUCCUCUGUACGAUUCACACUGUGCUGUACGGGUGGAACAAGUUUCUGCGGCCCUCCGUGUACAAGUGGUACACACCACCUGGCUUCAUGCUGAGUCUGGUGGUGCCCUGCGUGGUACUGGUAUUAAAGAUGCUGCUCCUCCUGCCUUGCUUGGACCGGAGAGUCACCCAAAUUCGACGAGGCUGGGAGAAAACCAAGCACCAUGAGGAGAAAACACUUUUAACAUAG